CCUGUGCGAGGAACCUCGCGAGACGAGCUCGCCGAAAUGGCGGCGUCCAGUCAAGGAAACUUUGAAGGAAAAUUUGAGGCACUGGACCUUGCAGAAUUUGCUAAAAAGCAGCCAUGGUGGCGCAAGCUAUUUGGGCAAGAAUCUGGACCCUCUGCUGAAAAGUAUAGUGUGGCAACCCAGCUGUUAAUUGGAGGUGUCACAGGAUGGUGUACUGGUUUCAUAUUCCAGAAGGUUGGAAAGUUGGCUGCUACAGCUGUUGGAGGUGGAUUUUUUCUCCUUCAGCUUGAAAACCACACUGGAUAUAUUAAAGUCGACUGGCAGCGAGUAGAGACAGACAUGAAAAAAGCCAAAGAGCAGCUGAAGAUUCGGAAGAGCAACCAGGUAACAACCGAGGUCAAGAGCAAAGCCGAGGAGGUUGUGUCAUUUGUGAAGAAGAAUGUUGUUGUGACUGGAGGAUUUUUUGGAGGCUUUCUGCUCGGCAUGGCAUCCUAAGGAGAACAACUGUAUUUCUAUUUUCUGUUUUUUUCCCUCCAGCGGACAGCCUACACUCCAUAAUAGGGCAUCAAAUGUCUCCCUGCUCUUCUCCUGUGCCUUCCUCCCUGUUGUGACAGAUCUGAAUGGCUUCUCUAGGCAUCUGUUGCUACCAGUUAAUACUGGCCCUAUCAUGAGCUCGAAAGUGACGGAAGAGACAGUAGACAUUAGCUAUGUUCAUGGUACACUCCCUGCUUGGCCAACCCUAGGUCAGCAAAUAUGUUCCUUUUCCCUUCUUUAAGAUACUUAUCAGAACACACUGCAAGAUCAUUCACCAUGAAGGAUGUUAGGAUCCUCAAAGAAGCACAUAGCCACCUUAUGUGCAGCAUGGAAAGGAACUGAAUACAUUUGCCGUUAAGCA